AUGCAGGGUAUUUGUUUGAUGGUGUUGUUGAUGGUGAAAAUUGUGUUAGGGAAUUCAGAUACUGAUGCACUUGUUGAACUAAAGAAGGGUAUUCAAACUGACCCUUUUGGAUUAGUUCUUAAUUCUUGGGAUUCCAAGUCAUUAGACUCUAAUGGAUGUCCUCAGAACUGGUAUGGAGUAUUCUGUACUGAAGGCAAUGUUAUAUCUAUCACUCUUGACAAUGCCGGUUUGGUUGGCGAGUUUAAUUUCGUUGCAAUUAGCACCCUUCCAAUGCUCCGUAAUUUGACAGUUGUAAACAACAGUUUCACCGGAAGUAUGUCACGAAUCGGUCCGAUGAAAUCACUUAAUUUUCUCGACUUGUCUAUCAACAAGUUUUCUGGCUCGUUUCCUUCUACAUUCGUCGAAUCGCGUAGUUUAGUGUAUGUGAAUCUCUCUUCGAAUGAGUUCAGCGGCACUAUCCCGAACGUGUUUCACAAACUUGAGGAGUUGAAGUAUAUAGAUAUUCGCGGUAAUAACUUUUCUGGUGAUGUUAUGCAUAUCUUUUAUCAGAUGGGAAGUGUGUUACAUGUUGAUUUAAGCGCCAACAGGUUUUCUGGUGCGUUGGAUUUAGGACUCGGAGGUGUUUCGUUUCAAUUCUCGAUUCGAUAUUUAAAUGCUAGCCACAAUUCUUUGACGGGUGAGCUUUUUGCUCACGAUGGUAUGCCGUAUCUUGAUAAUUUAGAGGUUUUUGAUGCUAGUAAUAACCAGUUAGUCGGUAAUAUACCUUCCUUCGGAUUUAUUGUAUCGCUAAGGAUUCUUCGGCUCCAAUGCAAUCAGUUGACAGGUUCCCUGCCAGAAACUUUGUUGAAGGAAAGUUCAACGAUGUUGUCUGAACUGGAUCUUAGUCAAAACAAGCUUGAAGGUUCCAUUGGAAGCAUUACUUCAUUGACUCUAAGGAAGCUUAAUAUAUCUUCAAACAAAUUAUCAGGCUCAUUACCUUUCAAAGUAGGACACUGUGCCAUCAUAGAUUUGAGUAACAACAUGUUGUCAGGUAAUUUGUCAAGGGUCAAGUAUUGGGGAAACUAUGUAGAAGUUAUUCAGCUAAGUUCAAACUCAUUAACCGGAGCACUUCCGUACGAAACUUCUCAGUUUCUAAGGUUAACUUCACUUAAGGUAUCCAAUAACUCAUUGGAGGGAUUUCUGCCACCAGUUUUAGGAACAUUUCCAGAACUAAAAGAGAUUGAUCUGAGUCUCAACCGGCUUUCUGGCUUCCUCCUACCGACCCUUUUCGCCUCGACCAAAUUGACUACUCUUAAUCUCUCAAACAAUAAGUUUUUUGGACCAAUUCCUUUUCAACUUCCAAGUAGUUCAUUGCUUUCUUCCGAAAAUUAUAGUUUAACGUCGCUUGAUCUUUCGAACAAUAACUUGAAUGGAACUCUUUCUCCAAAAAUUAAGGAGCUUCAUAAUUUGGAAUAUCUUAACCUAUGUAACAACAAAUUGGAAGGUACUAUUCCUAAUGGACUUCCAGAUGAAUUAAGAGGAUUCAAUGUGUCCUUUAACAACUUUUCUGGUGUUGUACCUGAUAACUUACUGCAGUUUCCUGAGUCAGCAUUUCAUCCAGGAAAUCUUAUGUUGAUAUUCCCGAAUUCUCCAUUGUCGCCUAAAGAUAGUUCCAAUUCCAUCCUAGGUUUGAGGUCACAUAAGAAAGUUUUCUCUAGGAGUGUCUUCAUUACAUGUUUAGUUACUGGUGCUUCUGUGAUCGCUAUUAUGGCUGCAACGAUUUUUUAUAGGAUUCGUCGGAAAAAAGAAAUGGCUUCUAAACAAGACGCGACCGCUAGUGACAUUGUCCAAGAGAGUACUUCAUCAUCAAAGAGAAGAAAUUUGGACUCUUUGCUGCCUUCUCAGAGUGAUGAUACCGAAAACAUUCAUCCAACUGUAAAGAAGCCUCAACAUCCUGAGUUAGUUAAGGACGAGGAAGGAACGUCUUCACCAAUGUCUAUUUUAUCGGCUUCGAAUCCUUCACCUUCUACAAGCCGUCAGUUUGAGAAUCCUAGCUCGCUCAAUGUAUCAUCUCCGGAUAAACUGGUCGGGGACUUACAUCUAUUCGAUGGAUCGUUGAUGUUAACUGCAGAAGAACUUUCGUGUGCUCCGGCUGAAGUUAUUGGUAGGAGUUGUCAUGGAACACUCUACAAAGCUACACUUGAAUCUGGUCAUGUUUUGGCUGUCAAAUGGUUAAGAGAAGGAAUAACUAAAGGCAAAAAGGAGUUGGCAAGAGAAAUAAAGAAACUCGGGACAAUCAAGCAUCCGAGUUUGGUUUCUUUUCUUGGUUGCUACCUCGGGCCAAAGGAGCAUGAGAGAUUGAUUAUAUCAAAUUUCAUGAAUGCAUAUUCUUUGGACAUUUAUCUCCAUGAGGCUGAUAGAAGAAAUCUCAAUCCUUUGUCCCUUGACGAAAGGCUUAGGGUGGCCGUAGAAGUCGCGCGGUGUCUACUUUUCCUACACACUGAGAAAUCCAUACCUCAUGGCAAUCUCAAAUCCACAAACAUUCUACUAGAAACUCCAAACAGAAAUGCCUUGCUCACUGACUACACCCUGCAUCGAAUACUCACCGCAGCUGGCACGUCCGAGCAAGUUCUGAAUGCAGGUGCACUUGGUUACCGUCCGCCUGAGUUUGCUAGAUCAACCAAACCAAGCCCUUCUUUAAAGAGUGAUGUCUACGCAUUCGGAGUCGUCUUGUUAGAGCUCCUAACAGGAAGAAAGUCAGGAGAAAUAGUGUCGGAGAUUCCUGGCGUGGUGGAACUUACGGAAUGGGUGAGAUUCUUAGUCGAACGAGAUCGCUCUAACCAAUGCAUCGAUAAGUCCCUUGCAGAAGGAUCUAUAAUUCUUGAUGAAAUGCUAAAAGUGGCUAUAAGAUGCAUUCUUCCAGCAUCUGAAAGGCCUGACAUGAAAACAGUCUUUGAAGAUCUUUCAACAAUAAGGGAGAGUUGA